CUUUUUGGACUUUUGUAACUUUUUGGGGUUUUGGAUUUUGGAGUUGCACAUGUGAAGCUUUACCAAUCUCUCGUGCUCGUACUUUUCCAAUUGAUUUAUAUUCAUGCGGACAUCUCCUCCUGUUUUAUAUCCGUAACCAUGCGCCAAUCUGAGGCUUUGAUGCUAAUAGGCAUCAUAGCUCCGAAUGGGAUUGCCUCAGCAAGUUCUUUGCCACGUGGUGUUGGCCCUGAAUUUGUCAAAUUCUACGAAACCAAAGACACAUUCACCUGUAUAGGCCACCCUUCAAUAUCAAUCGCUGCCUCUCGAGUCAACGAUAACUCGUGUGACUGCCCCGAUGGUUCUGAUGAGCCUGGCACUGCUGCCUGUGCCUUACUCGACCACCUCUCCCCAGAGCAACCCUUCCCUGGUUCAUCCUCCGGAACCACAAAUACUACAAAUGCCCUCCCUGGCUUUUGGUGUGCUAACGAAGGUCAUAUCGGCACAUACGUCCCUUUUAUGUAUGUAAAUGAUGGAGUAUGCGAUUAUGACCUUUGCUGUGAUGGUACCGAAGAGUACGGGAAUGUGGGUGGAGUUAAGUGCGAGAACAAGUGUGCCGAAAUCGGUAAGGAAUGGAGACGUAUCGAGAAAGAGCGGAAAGAAAACCUAGAGCGUGCCAACAAACGCCGCAGAACGAUGGUGAAGGAAGCUAAGGAACUCCGACGCCGGGUUGAAGCCAAGGUUGUCGCUCUCGCUGGGGAGGUCAAGGAGCUUGAGACCAAGCGGGAUGAAUUGAAGGCGAAGCUUGACGAGGUCGAGCUCCAAGAACGAUUCAAGGUUGUCAAGAGCGAAGGGCCAGGAAAACUUGGCGUCUUGGCUGGGCUGGCUAAGACGAGAGUAAACGAACUGCGGGACUCUCUGAGCAAAGUUAUGAACGAGCGUCAGCAGCUCAAACAGAAGGUCUCGGAGCUGGAGGGAAUCUUGUCUGCCUUCAAGGAAGAAUACAACCCCAAUUUCAACGACGAAGGUGUCAAGAAGGCCGUUCGAGGCUGGGAAGACUAUGCCGCCAAGAAAACGGAAGAAGCUCAGGAACAGCUCAACGAGGCGGACAUCCAGGAAGUCAUGAAAGAAGAUGGUGAAAGCUCGGGCAUCAACUGGAAAGAGUUUGAUGAAGACGAAGCUACCGAUACCGAUAUUUUGUACAGCUUUGAGGCUUACCUUCCUGAGCCACUUCGAGAAUUCCUUCAUUCCAAGAUCACACUUUUACGAGUCUGGCUGAUCGAGAAUGGCAUUUUGGCUGACAGUGGCUCCCAAAAGGGCGAAUCUCGUCUGGUUAAGGCGGCCCGGGAAGCCCACGACGCAGUAGCUAACGAUGUCAACGCUAAGCGACGAACGCUAGAAGAGCAGCAACGGGACCUGGAGAAAGACUACGGCCAAGACGAGAUCUUCCGGCAGCUUCAGGGUAAGUGCAUUUCGACGGAGGCGGGUGAGUACGAGUACGAGCUGUGCUGGCUAGACAAGACGAACCAGAAGAGUAAGAAGGGCGGUGGCAAGACCAACAUGGGCAACUUUGAUCGCUUCGACUGGGAUGAGGCGGAUGAGGAUGAACGUCAUGAUGGUAAGGGGCUCGGCAGGGGCAAGCGCCUCGUACUGCGGUAUGAGAACGGCCAGCAUUGCUGGAAUGGGCCGAACCGGAAAACGGACGUGUGGCUCGCGUGCGCCGAGACCGAGGAGUUAUGGCGAAUUAGUGAGAUGGAGAAGUGCGUUUACAAGAUGGAAGUUGGCACGCCGGCAGUCUGCGAGGAAGCCGUGGAACCUGGACAUGUAAAGGAUGAACUUUGAUGAUGAGAUUAAUGAAUUUUUGAUAGCAGAGAGCGAGCAUUAGUUAGGUGCAGAGCUAG